AUGUUGCUUUCCAUUCACCAGGGCUUGAAAGCUUGCACGCCGACCAAAGGCAGUGGAGAAGUUUAUGACCACGUGUUCCGCUCACAGUUCGGCUUUAAACAAUCUGGAUUGGGCAAUGGGGAUGCAAAUGAUGCAUGUGAAUCAGGACGACCCACAGAUCUUAGUGAGGAUGAAAAGGCCGUCCCUAAUCUAAUCAGAUUCUCAGUUGACUAA